GCCUGGAGCCCAUUUCCUAAGAGAUUAUAGUUGGGCCUGUGUAGCAACCAAAAGAGAAAAGGUAGGAAGAAGAAAAACUGAGUAAAGUGAAGGUUAGUGGCGAGUGUUGAAUCGAGAGCGGCAUGAGAAUGAUGGUAAUCGGAUCAAGAUGCAAACUUGUGAAAACGUUCGGUGUUUCUGGUUUUGGGUCUCUGGCAACGCACUCGAGGGAAUGCGUGGAGACUCUUGAAAGUCGCGUGUUGAAGGAUGGGAACCCUUCGAGUGCAGUGAGUCCCAUUCUGAACCAAUGGGUGGAGGAAGGCGGAAAACUCACCCAUCCUCAGCUCAUCAAUCUCGUUUGCCUCCUCUCUCGAUCUCGUCGCUUCUCACAUGCCCUUGAGGUCUCGGAGUGGAUGAGCAAGGAAAGGAACUAUGACUUGUCUCCAGGAGGCAUUGCUAAACACAUCAACCUGAUAUCAAGAGUCCGUGGCCUUGAACAAGCAAAGAGAUAUUUUAGAGGCAUCCCUGAUGCUAAAAUUGGGUUCAAGAUCUAUGCUGCUCUUUUGGGAUGCUAUGUUGAACAUAAGUCUCUGGAGGAAGCGGAGGCUGUCAUGAAGAAAAUUAAGGAGCUUCAACCUGCUUAUAUAACCGCAUGUUAUAAUAUGAUGUUGAAACUCUAUGCUCAAAUGGGUAAAUACGAGAAAUUGGACAGGUUGAUACAAGAAAUGAAAGACAAGGACAUCUGCGAUAUUUAUACGUAUAUGAUUCGGUUAAAUGCAUAUGUGGCCGCCUUAGACAUAAAGGGGAUGGAGAAGCUAGUUAUGCAAAUGGAAGCUAAUCCCUUGGUAACUGUGGACUGGCGUAUAUACAUAACUGCAGCAAAUGGUUAUCGAAAAGUUUGCAAUUUUGUUAAGGCCACAGAAAUGUUGAAGAAAUCAGAGCGUUUAGCCAGAGGCAAGACUAGGAGGCUUGCUUAUGAAUCUAUUCAAACUACGCAUGCUAUUAUUGGGAAUAAGGAUGAGGUUUAUCGACUUUGGAAUAUGCACAUAGUUCGUAAUCCCAACAACUCAAGUUACAUAAAUAUGAUAAGCUCUUUAGUGAAGCUGGAUGACAUUGAUGGGGCAGAGAAGAUUUUGGAAGAAUGGGAAUCUGCAUAUAAAAAUUAUGAUGCCAGAAUUCCAAAUUUCAUGAUCAGUGCUUAUUGUAAAUGUGGUCGGGUGGAUAAGGCUGAGGCCUAUAUCAAGAGGCUUUUGGAUGGUGGCAAGAAAUUAGAUGGAAGAGCAUGGGACCGAAUGGCAUGCGGCUAUCACGCAGAUAAUGAUAUGGAAAAAGCAGUUCAGGCAAUGAAGAAAGCAGUCUCAGAAAAUCUAGUAGGACGGAGGCCAAGCCCCCUUACUCUGGUUGCAUGUAUUAAAUACCUGAAACAAAAAGGAGACGUGGAUUUAGCACUUGAGUUUCUCAAGUUAUGCAUAGAGAAAGGCCAUAUCUCAGUCACUUCCUAUGAUGGACUAGUAAGUUAUGUUCACAGUGAAAUUCCGGAUACAGAACCCUUUGAUCUUAUUAAAGGAGAUUAUCAAAUGGAUGAAGUUGAUAACACUCAACUUCUUGAAAGGGAGAACUGAUGGUUGAAUCUAAAAGGUGAGCAGAACUGCAUUAUUGUAAAGGAUGUGUUAAAUUGUUUCCGAGAUGGAAUAAAUUAUCUAGCACUAGCCAUGGCUGAUAGCUCUGGUUUGUUUUCCUCCAAAUGUUUUGUGGAGGCUCAGUUGCUACUUUCACCAUCAUGUUCCAGUGAUUGAAUUAGCAUCCUAACUUAUUCACUAUCAUAUUUAUUACCAUUUAGUCAAUUUAGAUAGGAGGGUUAGAAUUGUAAGUUUGUAGCCAUUAUUCCAUUAAUCCAAGCCAGCUAAGACCGGCUCUCUAUUUCUAGAUUCUAGUAAUCUAUGUGCAUGAUAGUACCUCUUCCUCUUGUGAACUCUAUAUUUUCAUGCAAAUUAGACUAUUUUUUUAAUAA